UAUGGUUUGUGAGGCUCUUGUUGGUGUUGGUGAAGCGUCACUCACAACUGACUUCUUUGUUUGUUCUUCUUCCCCAGCCUUCCCAACAACCCUUGGAAUUCGUGCUAAUGUGCACAGAUCCGUCUGCAUUCGCGCAUUUUAGCACCACCCUGGCCUCUCACUUUCUUUAUAUGCCACUGCACUGCUUCUGUGCUUGUCUUUUCUGCGUAAAAAUCCUUUCUUUGCAUUUUUCAUUUUGAUUAUUUAGCAGUUUGCAUCUGAAAACAACAGUUGGAGGCUGGAAGUGGCGAGGGCUGCGUGGAAAAGCUUUAGCGUGGUGGUUUUUUUCUUGAAGAUUUCAGAUCUGGAAGUUGGGAAAGUGGAGAUGGAGCUUUUUUCAUUAUAAUUACUCUCUUUUUGCAAAAUUCAACUCCUUUUACACUUCAUAAAGAGACAAAGAGGCAGAGAGCCCACCAUCCACUAGUAGCGUGCUGUUAGUCCUUUAGGAGUAUGAAAAAUUAGCUUUUGUUGAACCUUUUGUGCCAUUCUCCACUGUUUCUCAAGAGCCCAUUAUUGCUCUGAGAGAGAGAGAGAGAGAGAGAGAGAAGUGAAGAAAUGUUGACUCUUGAGAGUCCUUGUAGCGGCAGUGUCGGCACCAGCAGUUCUUGCUCUACUUUGCUUAGAGAACUCCAGCAAUUAUGGACUGACAUUGGUGAGAAUGAGGCAGAAAAAGACAGAAUGUUGGUGGAGCUGGAGAGAGAAUGCUUACAAGUUUACAGAAGAAAAGUUGAUGAAACUGCUAAUGCCAAAGCACGCCUUCACCAAUCUCUUGCAGCAAAAGAAGCAGAGCUUGCAACACUAAUGGCAACUCUUGGUGAACUCAGUAUUAACUCGCCGAUCCACUCGGACAAGAUGACAAUGCCAUUGAAGGAGCAAUUAGCUUUAAUCACACCACUGGUUCAAGAUUUGAAAGUAAAGAAAGAGGAAAGGCUAAAGCAAUUCACAGAUAUAAAGACACAAAUUGAGAAGAUAACUAGUGAAAUUUCUGGAUAUGGUCAUAUAAUCAAUGCUAUGAAUUCCUUGAAUCUGGAAGAAAAUGACUUGUCAUUGAGAAGGCUCUCAGAGCACCAAUCCCACCUUCAUGCUCUCCAGAAGGAAAAGUCUGAGCGCAUCCAGAAAGUGUUAGACUUUGUAAAUGAGGUGCACACAUUGUGUGCUAUUCUUGGGGUGGAUUUUGGUGAAACUGUGAGUGAUGUGCAUCCAAGCUUACAUGAUACAAGACUGGGGCAAUCUACAAAUAUCAGCAAUAGCACGUUAGAGGGCUUAGAGCAGACCAUUAUCAGGUUGAAAACAGAACGGAAAGUUCGUCUCCAGAAGCUAAAAGAUGUUUCUGGUUCACUAACUGAACUCUGGAACUUGAUGGAUACACCGAGAGAAGAGAAGACUUACUUUUUAAGGAUCACCUCCAUUCUUGGUUUUCCUGAACAAGAGAUCAAGGAAUCUGGUGCUCUUUCAUCGGAGAUCAUUCAACAGGUCUCAUCGGAAGUUGAGAGGCUCACUAAACUAAAGGCUAGCAGAAUGAAAGAGUUGGUGAUGAAGAGGAGGUCAGAGUUGGAGGAUUUAUGCAGUAAAAACCAUAUUGAACCUGAUCCAAGCACUGCUACUGAUAAAUCAUGUGCAAUGAUAGACUCUGGUCUUGUGGAUCCUUGUGAGCUCUUGGCAAGCAUUGAAGCACAAAUAAAUAAAGCAAAAGAUGAAGCUCUGAACCGAAAAGAAAUUAUGGAUAGGAUUGAGCGCUGGCUUUCUGCUUGUGAGGAAGAAAACUGGCUUGAAGAUUAUAACCUAGAUAAAAACCGUUACAGUGGUGGGAGAGGCGCUCACAUAAACUUAAAGCGAGCAGAACGAGCUCGAAUUACUGUAAAUAAGAUUCCAGGUAUGGUUGACGCUCUGAUUAGCAAGACACUAGCUUGGGAAGAUGAGAAGAAGAAGUUGUUUCUUUAUGACGGGGCACGAUUGGUAUCGGUAUUGGAAGAUUACAAAUUGACCCGGCUACAAAAAGAAGAGGAGAAAAGGCGUGCUCGUGACCAAAAGAAACUUCAUGAUCUGCUCCUCACUGAAAAAGAAGCAAGGUAUGGUUCUAAACCAAGUCCAAGGAGAAGCAGUAGCUUUAGGAAGACAAAUGGAUACCAUACUAACGGAUGUGUAACCCCCUCACCACGUCGGAAUUCUGCUGGCUGUCAAACCCCAGAGCUUUUAACACCCCGCUCAUACUCUGGGCGGCAGAAUGGGUAUUUCAGAGAAACUAGAAGGCUUUCAACUGCCCCUCUGAAUUUCGUGGCAAUAGCAAAGGAGGAUAUGAUGUCUUUUUCAUCCGUUUCUGGUUCUGAACCAGAGUCUCCACUUCAACCCUGAAUAUGGAAUUUAAACUGGGUGAUAGGAAUUUAUGGUUUGGUGUGGAUUCACUGAGUAUGUAGGCCAACAUGACUGGGAAGGAACUACUGAAACCUGUGAAUAUGAAAGCGGUAUGUUUAGGGGAUUGUAGAGACACCGGUAACAGGAGUGCAGUGCAGGAAAGUGGUAUACUGAGUGAGGAGAGAUUAGUGAGUGUGGAUAUGAAUUAGUUAAAAGUGCAAAAAUGUUGAGUAUGGUAGACUACUAAUAUGUGUUAAGGAUUUGGUUUUUGGAUGUACAUAUAAUUGUGUUAUUGGUUUGACUUUUGAUUGAUAUGUAGCUGCCUUGAUUGUCUAGUUGUAUCUAUCUAUCUGUCUAUGUAGGCCUCUCAAGAUUGUACUCCCAGCCUGUCGUAAACAGACAAGUUUGUAUCAUUUGUAUGGUAUUAUAUUGGCUGGAUACAGCUAUCA